AUGCUGCACCUCAAUCGGCUCACCGUGUUCUGCUCGAAGGAGUUGCAUGAGAAGAUCUGGUGCCAGCGAAACCUCUGGAUCUGCAUCGUAUUCACCGUCCUGCUUGCGAACGGUGUGUGCUACGAGCUGCUGCUCGUGACAAACCUGUACGCCCUGAACACGGAGGGUGUGGCGACGUACGCUCCCGGCGCCACCGAUCUGGUGCUCAACGCCGCGACCUUGAUGCGGAUUUUCUAUCUUCGGUGCAGGAAGCAGAGCAUAUCGGAUGAAGCCCUUGAAACCCCGCUUUUCCUCAUCGGCUUCAUCUCCUUUAUAAUCCAAGCUCUGCUUGCAAUCAGCAUACAGAAUGUUGACGCUAUUAUUCGCACAUUUUUGGGUACUUCUCCUGAGCAGCAACUUGGGCAAUUUCUGGCGGCUCAGGAUUUUUUGAUCAACGCCGUCUCCGACCAGUGGACACUCUCCGAAGCGUACAUCGGCCUUAUCGUUAGUGCCGACCUGCGAACAAAAUUCAUCAGAAUGUAUUUCCCUGGCUGCUCUGCCGUCAUGAACCGCUUCAUGCCCCAAGUCUACCACAGCCAAGUUCAGCCCCUUGCCGUCCAGGUGGACCCACGAUCAUUAACGAGAACGGAACCAUCAUUU